GACAUGUUUCCAGUCCGACUGAAAUAAUAGUUACACAUUGGGCAGGGAAGCGGCUAGUAGGCUGGUGCACUUGCAAGAAGUCGGUAUUUUGCUGUAUUAUUAAAUAACUGACAAAAUGAUUAAGGCCAUUUUGAUUUUUAAUAAUCAUGGGAAACCUCGACUCACCAGGUUUUACCAGUAUUUUGCUGAGGAUAUGCAGCAGCAGAUCAUCAGGGAGACCUUCCACCUUGUGUCCAAGAGGGACGACAACGUCUGUAACUUUCUGGAAGGAGGAAGUUUAAUCGGUGGCUCUGACUACAAGUUGAUCUACAGACACUAUGCUACACUUUACUUUGUUUUCUGUGUGGAUUCGUCCGAGAGCGAACUGGGGAUUCUGGAUCUGAUACAGGUUUUUGUGGAAACCCUCGAUAAAUGCUUUGAAAAUGUGUGUGAACUAGACCUUAUUUUCCACGUGGAUAAGGUUCAUUACAUCCUGCAGGAAGUGGUGAUGGGUGGGAUGGUCCUGGAGACCAACAUGAAUGAAAUAGUUGCACAAGUGGAGGUGCAGAGCCGCAUGGAGAAAUCUGAGGGCGGCUUGUCAGCGGCACCCGCACGUGCCGUGUCUGCAGUGAAGAACAUGAAUCUUCCUGAGAUCCCACGAAACAUCAACAUCGGGGACAUCAACAUCAAAGUGCCCAGCCUGUCUCCUUUCUGAGCAGGGGCUGACCUUGAGAGAUGGCAGUUAAAAUCCACUCCUCAUAUGAAGGAAAGAUGGUAGACUUGCUCUCCAUGCUGCUCUUUCCUCUUCUGACACCUCUGACACUGUUCUCGAUGAAAUGGAGGAAGUCCAGACCCAUGGGAAUGGCCCCUGUGAUGUUACAUGGACAGUACCUUCCCAAGAGUGUCACUGGGAAAAGCGUGUAUAUAUGACACAUAUUUAAUGUAAUGUGACACUUCGGUAAACCCUAUAAUUCUGCUCUAUGUGUGCUGGAGAUGUCUUUCUUCCGUGGAGUCGGGCAGAAAAUUCCGCACACCCUCUGAUAUGAACCUAAAAAAAUGUCAUGUAAUCGCCAAGCCAGUCACGAUGGAGAUCUCACAUCAGAGAUAUUAUACCGCAGGUCUGUAGAUGUUUACUUGAGCAGAAAUAAUAGAAGGCCUUCCUUAUGACCCUAUGAAAUGAAUUGUACGGAACAGUUUGUGUUUCAAAAGUAAUUGCUGUACUUUUCAAAAUAGAAAAUAAACAAUGGUCACCAAAAACA